AAGCCGAAAAUGUUUUCAUUUCAUUUUCUAUAUAAAUAUUGAUAUUUAACUAAAAAAUAAACCGGGCACGGGAAAUCCACCUGUGUUUGAUUUAUGACCAAGACUGUAUUAUGCCUCGUGAUGCAAGUCCGCACAGGUAUUCUUCAAAGAGACGAAGAUCUCAUUCACGAGAGUAUCGUGAUUAUAAACAGCGCAAAACAUCUCCAGCCCCCAGCACUUCACAACCAGAUACCGAAUUUAGUUUCGAAAACCAUAAACGCACUUUGAAUAAGAUAAUUCUAUACAGCAGUGAAAGCAAUACUGUUGCGAAUAGUUUGGACGACUUUUGGGUGUUCGUUAAAAAAUACGAAGCAACGUUGAAGAAGGCUGGUAAACCAAUCCUCGAAUAUCAAGCUGAAGAUAAAAUAACUUAUUCUAAAUUCAACUGCAUUAACUUUAACACAAAAUUAAAAUAUGUUGAUGUUGCUCAUGAUGCGAAAGAAAGAAGAAAAUUGGAUAAGAAAACAUUUGAAGCGUUUUUGAAUGUUGUGUCAAUUUAUUUGGACUUUAAGAAUAAGGAGAAAUUCGAGAAGCUCAGGAAAUUAAGGCAGGCUCAGAGGGAUUUGCCUGUAGCUAAAUACAGACAAGAAAUAGUAUCAGCAGUACAGAAUGAGCGGGUUGUCAUAGUUGCCGGAGACACUGGCUGCGGGAAGUCCACACAGGUGCCACAGUAUCUACAUGAUGCUGGAUUUCAAAAUAUAGCUUGCACACAACCAAGGAGAAUAGCCUGCAUAUCUCUAUCAAAACGAGUAGCAUAUGAAACUCUCAGCCAAUUUCAAAGUAAAGUUGGUUACCAAAUCAGAUUUGAGAAAAGCAAAACUGCAGACACGAAGAUAUGUUUCAUCACUGAAGGAUUACUGCUAAGACAAGUAUAUGUCUCUGAAACCCUGCCCAGCUACGACGUUAUAAUCCUAGACGAGAUCCAUGAAAGGCACUUGAUGGGUGACUUUCUUCUGGGUGUACUAAAGUGUUUAAUACACAGUCGGACUGAUAUCAAACUUGUGCUUAUGUCCGCUACUAUCAAUAUUAAGCUUUUUGAGGAUUAUUUCUCGGCUGAAUCAGCUGUGGUUAUACAGGUACCAGGCAGAUUAUUUCCAAUAGAACUGCAGUACAAGCCAAUAUUUAUUGAAGAUAAACCUACUAGAGACGACAGGCUCGACCCCCAGCCUUACGUUCAGAUAAUGCAGUUGAUUGACAACAAGUAUCCUAGUGACGAAAGAGGUGACCUAUUGAUAUUCAUGUCUGGCGUACAAGAAAUAACAGCGAUUUGCGACGCGGCGCAACAGUAUACCGAGAAAACGAAGAAAUGGAUAGUACUUCCUUUGCAUAGCGGCUUGUCUAUUGCUGAACAAGACAAGGUGUUUGAUUACCCACCAGAGGGGGUCCGAAAGUGUAUCGUGUCUACGAACAUUGCGGAAACAUCUGUCACCAUCGAUGGGAUUAGAUUUGUCGUGGACUCCGGAAAGGUUAAAGAAAUGAGCUACGAUUCAACUACAAAAAUGCAGCGGUUAAAAGAGUUCUGGAUAUCUCAAGCGAGCGCGGACCAGAGGAAGGGAAGAGCUGGAAGAACGGGUCCCGGUGUGUGCUACCGCGUAUACUCUGAGAAACAAUACAACGAGAUGGAUCCAUUCAGUACCCCUGAAGUCUCACGCGUACCACUGGCUUCACUACUUCUUCUUAUGAGCUCGCUUGGUGUGAGUGAUGUGAGGAGGUUCCCAUUCGUUGACACCCCUCCUGAACAAGCUAUAGAGAAUGCUUUGCUAGAAUUAAAGCAACAUGGCGCCCUAACCUCAAAUGAGAAGCUAACAUCCCUCGGCCGGGCGCUAGCCAACUUACCCGUAGAGGUGUCCUUAGCCAAAGCCCUAGUGAUAGGCAGCGCAACAUUGCCUCCACAUAAGCGAGAUUCGGCGCUCGCUUUAGCAGCUGCUUUGGGCAUACGGUCGAUCUUUACUACAAGAGCGCAUAGAGAUUUUGAAUGCGAGAACGCGAGGAAACCGGACGAAUCUGAUCACGGCGACCCCUUAACUCUUCUGUCACUUUACUGUGCGUGGCUUGGUGAAAAGGCUCGCGGUGGCGGCCGCGCCUGGUGCCGCCGCCGAGGCGUGGAGGAGCAGCGGCUAUACGAGUUGACUAAACUCGCUGCGCAACUUAGAAGCCUCUUGCAGGACAACAAUUUAAUGGAGACUCCAGAACCCGAAUCAAUGACUUCAGCUGAAAGGUCGUUACGACACGGACAAAUGAAGCAGUUGAAAAAUAUGAGAAGGCAAUACAAACAAAAGACCGCUGAAGAGCAGAAACGCAAAAAACGCCUAAAAGUCGAUUCCUGGGAGAUAGUCGACGAAAACGCCGAUGAAGACAAUUCACUAGAUAUUAGAGAUAUAGAAUUCCGAAUGACUAACGACGCGCAGCGGAUACAUUCGCUCAUAAGCGGAGCGAGCGCGAGUAGCGGGCGAGACCUAAUCACACUGAAGGUGGUAUUAUGCCGAGCACUGUACCCACAAAUAGCAGUAGCAGAUGAGUUCAAUCACUGCAAGUCAGUAUCCGAGCAACUGUACCACACUUGGAGCAAGCCCUUCGUGUUUCUACACCCGACGUCAUUCUUCGGGAAACAGCCGAGGGUGCUUCAGCUAAGUGAAGCAGAUAUCCAGACGGAGUUGCCAGCUAGCUUCAAGAGCAAGCUGCCUGUGUCGUCAAAACAUCAGAUACUUUGCUACUUGUCGCUGUUAGAAACUACGAAGCCGUACAUAGUGAACUCUAUGAGAAUGCCCGCCGCUCAAACUCUGCUGCUAUUGGCUCAUUCCAUCGACACCAAUAUAGGGUUUAGUAGAAUCGUGUGUGACUCGUGGCUGUUACUGGAGUUCCCAUAUCCAGAGACUGGUCUGAACCUUCUAAUGAAAGCUUCGAAACUACGGCAGCGGUGGGACGCUCUGAUCAACGGGCGAUUGGCGGAUGCAAAUCCAGAAAAAUCUGUAGAAUCAGAAUUGAAGAAGCAACCAAAACUGAACUACGAGCAACUACAACACGAGUUGUCCUGCGAUCUCAGUUCCUACAUGUCCAGCGAAGUUUACUACACUAUAAAGAGGUUACUUCCAGGUGAUCUGAAGGUAUUGUACUAUGGACCUGACGAGGCUCACCCGAAUAUCGAGCCUAACCCGUUCGAAGAAGGUUACGAAUGUCAUGCGCAUGAAAAAAAGGGAGGUGUUUGUGUUACAGAUCACAUCGUUUACAAUUGCGUGGUGGAUAAUGACUGGAGUUACACCAGCUACCAAGAAGCCUACAACAUCCCCUGGUCCUGUCCAAACUGCGGUAUAUCCGUCUGUCUAUCCCCCCUAGAAAAGCUCCAACACACACACUUCACCUGCUCACUCAAGGCUGAGGUCAAAACCGAAGUCCCGGCGACCUCUAUGGAAAAUAAACCUAAUGGUCGAGAAUAUCAGUGCGAGAGUUGCGGGGAGACGCUUUAUUUGACACCGGUGGAGAUAUUGAGACAUAAGAAGAGUUGUAAGAAGAAAUAAAGAUGUAAAUAGCCAAA